AUGCAGGUCAAUCUUCCCCCGCCGCCUUUAGUACAUAUCACCUUUGGCGGGCAGCCAGCUCUCUCGACAGGUGUCGUGAACCUAAGGGCACUGCUGGGGAGUACCGAGUACGUGCUUGUGAAGACGGUCCAAGCGAGAACUCAUGCGGAUAGGGCGUCUACUACCGAUGCUGAAAAAGGUCCGGAAGACGCCUACACUGAGGAGGACGAGGAUGCCAACAUCGGCGACCAUCGUGACGAUGUUGGUUACUCUGCGCGGUGGCAGCUGCAGCUGUGCGAACAUGCGGGACUGCCGUUGGGGUGUUUUUUUGUGGAGGAUGGCGGCAGCUACGAGGUGGUGCGGCGUGAUGACGUUCAAUGGGGGCUACUGAGUGACCACCGGCGCGCGGUUCCGCAGGCGGUGGUGGAGGUUACAAAGACAGCGAAUAAGGAUGUGGACGGUGAGGCGGACGCAGAAGGGGGACGCAAAAAACUCAGGCGGGAAGAAAAACGGCAGCGACGAGAAGAGCGGGAUGAAAAGGCUGAAAGGGGGAAAAAAGAAAAGAAGAGCAAGAGGGAGCGGCGUCGCGAGGAGAAGCGGACGGCGGUGUUGGCUGCUGUCACAGCCGUAGCCACAGCUGGGAAAACUAACAAUAAUAAAGGUGGGGAUAACAGCAGUCGCAACGACAACGAUGCCCAGCAUGGGAACGAUCAGGCAAAGUCCGGCAAGGAGGUACAGCCGGGCGAUGUGGCAGAGAAGAUGGCAGGCGAUCACGCGGCCGACCAUGCCACCACGCCUGUGCAGCGUGUCCAUUUGGAGACGCCUCCCUCUCAGACGCUGCUGACUCCGGAGGCAGAAACGGAGGAAAACAAGGCGGACGAGCAAAGGGAAGCGGAGCAAAGAGUGGGGGCUACGAGAAGGAAAACUGCGUCGCCCCCACUCGUGGACUCACAUUUGACUGCCCUAGAGACGCGGCGGCGCCGCCCACUGGAGGCGCUGAGCAGUGGCUCUUCCCGUGAGUCUGACCACAAGCAGCAAGAUAAACCACCGGUGGAGUCGGAGACGGAGGAGGCAGAAGAGCAACAAGCAACUAGACGGAAACGAAAGAGUGCAACGAAGCUGACACAUGGUGGCAGUGGGGUCACUGCAGCGAUGCUGGAAACUUUGGAGGGCGCUGCGUCGCCCUCCCACAGUCAUGCAUUACAAGCCAACAUGGAUGAGGAGACGCACCUGUCGUAUGUGGUCAGCACAGCGGCUGUGGAGUCGGAGAGUGCACCUGCACCUGCCACCACCACAGCAACUUUUUCCGUCACGAAUUGCAAUGAGAGGAGUGGGGGGAGAGAGCCUCUGCGAAAAGGACUAGAGACAGGGACGAGUGGCGCGACCGAAGCGGAAGAAGAAGGUAUGUACACGGAUGGUCGUGUGUCGGCGUACAUGCUGCAUAACGGCUGGGCGCCGCAGGAGAGCCCUGCAUUGGGGUUUACCUCCGUCGACAACACUCUGUCGCAGGAUUUUAGUCUGGACUCGUCCUCCAUCACCUCCUCUGCAGACUACGUGUAUUAG